UAAGGCGCUGGCGGAGCUGGCAGGGCUGCCGCCGCCACCGCGGCUCUUGAGGGAAACCCGGCGCGGGGCGCUGAGGAGGGAGCGGCCGCGGGCUGCGGGGCCGGGCCAAUCGGGCGGCGGGCCCGGCGCGCGCGGAGCCAGGCAACAUGGAGGGAGGCGCGGCGGCCGUCCGUCCGUGACGUGCCGCUCCCCCGGCCCGCUCUUGUCGGCGAGCCCGAGCCGCCCGCCGGCCCCGCGGCGCCGAGAUGAGCAGGUCCGUAGCACUACUGCUCUGCCUACUGGGCUGCCACGUUUGGAAGGCGGUGACCAAGACGCUGCGGGAGCCCGGCGCCGGAGCCCAAGAGGUCACCCUGAAGGUGCACAUCAGUGACGCCAGCACCCACCAGCCCAUUGGGGACGCACUCAUUGAGAUUUUCAACAAUCAGGUCUCCAUUGCUUCUGGCACGUCGGGGACAGAUGGUGUCGCCUUCAUCAAGUUCCAGUAUAAGCUCGGCAAUCAGCUGGUGGUCACUGCCACGAAGCAUGGCUACGUGCCGAACUCUGCCCCGUGGAAGCCUAUCCGAUUCCCAGUAUUUUCUUCACUGAGUCUUGGCCUGCUUCCAGAGCGAUCUGCUACGCUAAUGGUAUAUGAAGAUGUUGUCCAAAUAGUAUCAGGAUUCCAAGGUGCUCGGCCGCAGCCUCGCGCUCACUUCCAGAGGAGGGCCCUGAGAUUGCCAGAGAACACCAGCUACAGCGAUCUGACCGCUUUUCUCACAGCCGCCAGCUCCCCCUCGGAAGUGGACAGUUUUCCUUAUUUGCGAGGAUUAGACGGCAAUGGAACAGGAAACAGCACUAGGUACGACCUGACCCCGGUCACGGCUGUCAGUGUCCACCUGCUCAGCAGUAAUGGAACGCCGGUGCUGGUGGAUGGGCCCAUCUAUGUCACCGUGCCCCUGGCCACACAGAGCAGUCUGAGGCACAAUGCCUAUGUUGCAGCGUGGCGGUUUGACCAGAAGCUGGGAACGUGGCUGAAGAGUGGUCUGGGCCUCGUACAUCAGGAGGGCAGCCAGCUGACGUGGACGUACAUAGCCCCGCAGCUGGGCUACUGGGUGGCAGCCAUGUCUCCUCCCAUCCCAGGUCCCGUUGUAACACAGGACAUUACCACGUAUCACACGGUGUUUCUUUUGGCCAUUUUAGGAGGAAUGGCUUUCAUACUUUUGGUUUUGCUGUGUCUCCUUUUAUAUUAUUGCAGGAGGAAGUGCCUGAAACCUCGUCAGCACCACAGAAAACUUCAGCUUCCUGCGGCCCUUGAGAGUUCCAAAAGAGAUCAGUCCACGUCCAUGUCACACAUCAACUUGCUGUUCUCUCGGCGGGCAUCAGAAUUCCCUGGGCCGUUGUCCGUCACCAGCCAUGGCCGCCCAGAGGCCCCGGGCACCAAGGAGCUGAGGAGUGGGGUCCAUCUGGACAUGAUGUCUCCCAGUGGUGAAGGGGACCUGCACACACCCAUGCUGAAACUUUCCUACAGCACCUCACAGGAGUUCAGCUCCCGGGAGGAGCUGCUCUCUCACAAGGAAGAGGAGAAAAGCCAGAUCUCCUUGGAUAACCUGACGCCCAGCGGGACCCUGGGGAAGGACUACCAGAAGUCGGUGGAGAUCUUCCCCUUGAAGGCCAGGAAGUCUGCAGAAAGAGAGGGCUACGAGUCCCCCAGCCAGGAGGACUACCGAGGUAGUUACAAGGCCAUGCUGUCACAGCCCUUGUUUGAGAAGCAGGAGCGGGAUGGUCCUUCGAUGGCAGGAAGCAAGCUGGCCAUGCAGGAGCACAUGUACCCGGCGCCAGCAUCUCCUGAGAAAGAGCAGCUGCUGGACCGCAGAGCUAACGAGUGCAUGAUGUCACGCUCGGUGGACCACCUGGAGAGGCCCACAUCCUUCCCACGGCCUGGCCAGUUGAUCUGCUGUAGUUCUGUGGACCAGGUCAAUGACAGCGUUUACAGAAAAGUGUUGCCUGCCUUGGUCAUCCCUGCCCAUUAUAUGAAACUCCCCGGGGACCAUUCCUAUGUCAGCCAGCCUCUGGCGGUUCCAGCCGACCAGCAGCUGGAGAUCGAGAGACUCCAGGCUCAGCUCGCCAACCCGCACGCUGGCGUCUUCCCCCAUCCAGCCUCUCAGAUACAGGGCCAACCCUUGUCUUCCCAGGCCAUCUCACAGCAGCACCUGCAGGAGGCAGGCACCCGAGAGUGGAGCCCUCAGAACGCGCCCAUGUCCGAGUCUCUGUCCAUCCCGGCAUCCUUGAACGAUGCGGCUCUGGCUCAGAUGAACAGUGAGGUGCAGCUGCUGACAGAGAAGGCGUUGCUGGAGCUGGGCGGUGGGAAGCCGCUCCCACACCCGCGGGCGUGGUUCGUCUCCCUAGAUGGAAGGUCCAAUGCUCACGUUAGACACUCUUACAUUGAUCUCCAAAGAGCUGGAAGGAACGGAAGUAACGACGCCAGUUUAGACUCAGGCGUGGAUAUGAACGAACCAAAAUCUGCCCGUAAGGGAAGGGGAGACCCUUUGUCCCUCCCGCAGAACCACCCGCCCGUCCAGGAGCAUCAGCAGAAAGAGCCCCGCGCCCAAGACGGCACCGCUUACACGCAGCUCGUGUACUUGGACGACAUGGACCAGAGCGGCAGCGAGGGAGGCACCACCGUGUGCACCCCUGAGGACAGCGCGUUGAGGUGCUUGUUGGAAGGGCCCAGCAGGAGGAGUGGAGGCCAGCUGCCCAGCCUGCAGGAAGAGACGACCAAACGAACUGCAGACGCACCCCCAGAGCCACCAGCCAGCCCCCAGCCGAGAAGGCCUGCUGCCGACGAAGAGGAUGAGGACGACGAGGACGAUGACCAAGGAGAAGACAAGAAAAGCCCCUGGCAAAAGCGAGAGGAGAGGCCCCUGAUGGCAUUUAACAUUAAAUGAGCUGCCGCAGAACCACCCAGCUGUGGAAUAGCAAAUUUUGCCAAAUAUCCUUUGUGGUGGAAGCGCACACCUGCGUGUGGAGGCCGUGGAGCAGCAGCGGCUGCAGGAGGUGGACGCUCCCUGCGUUCCUGUUGGCCUUGCGGACGUGAGAAAGCGAUCAAAGCCGCCCACCACUCCAGAAUACAGGAUAACCUCGAGGGACACCUCACCUCCAAGGAGGUGGCUGGAAAAACGUCCCGAUUUCCGGGCCGGACACGACGGGUCCACCACCGGGACGCUGAAAAACCCACGCAUGGUGUCGCUAAUGCUCUACCAAUCACCUCAUUUCUCCCUCAGAUUCUGGGAACAGAUGAGACUCUUUGCAUUGCUCAAGUCGGUUUUAUCACGAUGAUGCUACUGUGAAGCUGUUAUUGAGAAAUUAGGUUACCACUUAGUGUCUCCGAGGAAAGCUAUGCAUCGCUGCUUUGUUGUCUUACUUUUGCUUAGGUUUGGCUUUGGUUAGGUUUUGUAUGGGGGUUUGCGUUUAUCUUUGUGAUACAGUUUGGUUGUAAGGGUUUGAUUCCUUCGCUUGAACCCGUUCAGCUUCUCAGCGGUUCUGUUUCGGUGUCUCCCCUCAGGAGCCCCUGAGUGUCAUCUCUGGACACCCAGGCUUUGUUAGUGAAAUCCUACCGAAAUCUGUAUCAGCUCAGAGUCCUUCAAUUCUGGUCCCAUUAACUCCAAGUGCCUUUUUUACAGUGACAACAGACAGUCCCUCACUUUUUGUUUGUUUGGGGUCUUUUCUCUCUACCUUCUGGAUUGAACUGCCUAGAUUUUAUAAAGUGAUCAAAGGAACCCCUUUGCUUUCAACUGCAUGCUGCCAAGUGCCAUUUGUGCUCAGCAUUCCCAUUUCCAUGCAGUGUGCUGUCUAGUUACCGUGUGUCCUGUGGGUUCUAUUAGCUGAAAUAGACGAGAGGACAGUUAGAGAUGCCCUUCCUGACGCCAGCCCUCGGCCACCUGCCACCACAACAGGCUCUCUGGCUGUUUGUAUAUACGGUUACGUAUUAGCUCCAGAAUCCCAUGGGCUGACCUUGCUCACCAACCCCGAGAGUAGAGGCUGAGCAGGUGGACUGAAUGUGACUGUUAGGAAGAUUCGUAUGUACUACCCAAAAGUGCCAGAAUGACUCUUCUGUGCAUUCUCCUUAAAGAGCUGCUUGGUUAUCCAAAAAUGAAAAUUCACAAUAAACUCUGGAGACAGAGGGGAAAAAAACAGUAUUUUGGUGGUCAUUUUUCAUUCAUUCUGAGCCAUUACCAUGAAGACUUUGGUGUGCAUUGCUUGGUGAUCUGAAACAUGCUUGCUGGAUAUGUGAAAACUACCUAACAGACUCCC